AUGGCCUCCUCACACACACCCAAAACCCUCAAAGCUUUUCUAAACAAAGCUAAUGAAGAACCCCUCUACGGUCUCUUCCUCCUUAGUUUCUCUCCCACCUUGGCUGAAAUUGUAGGCCAUGCAGGCUAUGACUUCGUCGUCGUCGACAUGGAACACGGCCAUGGUGGCAUCUCCGAAGCUCUUCCUUGUCUUCAAUCCUUGGCUGCCAUUCAAACCCCAGCUAUCCUCAGACUCCCUGAGAGUUCCGCAGAAUGGGCCAAGAAAGCACUCAACUUAGGACCACAGGGCAUCAUGUUUCCCGUGAUCGACGACCUAGAGUUAGCCAAGAAAGCCGUCUCCUAUUACCAGUACCCACCAAACGGAGUACGUGGGGCGGCCCAUCCUGUGAGACCCUCCAAGUAUGGAAUGGAUGAUUAUAUAAACAAGUGUGAGAAAGAGUUGUUGAUUAUGUGCUAGGUUGAAUCCAUGGAAGCUGUGAAGAACAUUAAGGAGAUUGCGACCGUUGAAGGGGUUGAUUGUGUUAUGAUGGGACCGUUCGAUUUGAGUGUCGGCAUGGGGUGGAUGAGGGACCCAGCGAAUGAGAAAGGGAAGGAGGUGGUGAGGGUUGCUGAGAAGGCUGUGUUGGAUUCUGAUAGUGAGACCUACUUGGCUGGGUGUGCAAUGCCAAAUGAUGGGCCUGAUGAACUUACGAGACGUGGAUAUCGUAUGGUGUGUGGUGGUGCUGAUGUGGGAUUCUUUAGGAGUGCCGCUGUUGAUGAUGUGAAAAGGUUUAAGAUGAAUUGAUCACAGACUACAUAAUGAUCAGGGCCCCCAGUUCUUUGUUUUCUAGUUUAUUAUUUUUGCUAUUGUGUUUUUGUGUGUGUAAUUUCUUGGAUAAAAAGGUUCAGAAAUCCUAGAUUUCCAAGUUUCGGACUUUCUGCCAUGGGCCAUGGUAAGUUUAAUUUGUCACCAAAACUAA